AUGGCUGUGAAGACCUCUACCUUUCUGGUGACUCAGGUACACCCAACUCAUCUUGUGGCCUUUGUCGUCAACUCAGAGGGAGGUUCCUCCGGCCGGGGCACAGCCCUGAAGGGCAGGUACGAUGCCGAACUGGUCAUCUUCCUGAGCUGCUUCAAGAGCUAUGAGGACCAGGCGCCCCUCUGUGCGGAGAUCCUCAGUGAGAUGAAGACUCAGCUGGAAAUCUGGGGGACAGACCCCAUCCCCGGCCUGAGCCUUGAGCUUCCUGAACAGGACACACCUGGAGCACUGCAGUUCCAGCUGGUGGCAUCUGAGGAUCCUGAAAGCCGGGUGGAUAUUAGCCUGGUGCCUGCCUUUGAUGCCCUGGGACAGCUCCACCCUGGCGUAAAACCUGAACCCCGGGUCUACUCUGCUCUUCUCAGCAGCGGCUCCCAGCGGGGCGAGCACGCUGCCUGCUUUGCAGAGCUACGGAGAGAGUUCGUGAACACCCUCCCAGUCAAACUGAAGAACCUGAUGCUGUUGGUCAAACACUGGUACCGCCAGGUGUGCCCGCAGGAGGCACAGAGGGGGACGCUGCCCCCAGUCUACGCCCUGGAGUUGCUGACCAUCUUCGCCUGGGAGCAGGGCUACAAGAAAGAUGCCUUCAGCCUGGCCCAAGGCCUGCGGACCGUCCUGGGCCUGAUCCACCAGUAUCAACACCUGUGUAUCUUCUGGACCGUCUACUAUGACUUCGAAGACCCUUCGGUCGGGCAGUUCUUGAGGGACCAGCUCAAGAGACCCAGGCCUGUGAUCCUGGACCCGGCGGACCCCACGUGGGACGUGGGGAACGGAACGGCCUGGCGGUGGGAGGUGCUGGCCCAAGAAGCAGGGUCCUGCUACGACCACCCGUGCUUUCUGUCGGCAUCUGGGAGCCCUGUGCAGCCCUGGGAGGGGCCGGGCCUGCCACGUGCUGGGUGCUCUGGUUUGGGGCACCCCAUCCAGAGGGACCCUGACCAAAGGAUCUCCGCGGACAGCGGGAGCCUCCGUGUUGUGCAACCCAGAGUCGGGAGCAGGCAGCCCUCACACCCAGCAUCCAGCCCUUCGGGGAUGUCCAGCCCUUCGGGGACGUCCAGCCCCUUGGGGACGUCCAGCCCCUCAGCGACGCCCAGCCCCUUGGGCACACCCAACCCCUUGGGCACACCCAGCCCCUCAAGGACGUCUAGCCCCUCAGGGAGACCCAGCCCCUCGGGCACACCCAGCCCAGCCCCAUCUACGCAGGGCUCGGAUUUGGCUCUGUCUCAGAUCCCCAGCAAGGAGCUGGACCGCUUCAUCCAGGACCACCUGAGGCCGAGCCCACAGUUCCAGGAGCAGGUCAGCAGGGCCAUUGACGGCAUCCUCCGCUGCCUCCGUGAGACGUGUCUCCACAAGGCCUCACGUGUCGGCAAGGGGGGUUCUUUCGGCCGGGGCACAGCCCUAAAAGGUGGCUGUGAUGCAGAACUUGUCAUCUUCCUCAACUGCUUCAAGGACUACCAGGAGCAGGGGUCCCGCUGGGCAGAGAUCCUGGAUGACAUGAGGGCCCCCCUGGAAUCCUGGUGUCGAGACCCCACACUCAGCCUGAGCGCCGAGUUUCCUGAACAGAACGUGCCUGGGACUUUGCAGUUGCGACUGACAUCCACGACCCUGGAAAGCUGGAUAGACAUUAGACUGCUGCCUGCCUUUGAUGCCCUAGGGAAGAUCAGCUCUGGCCUGAAACCCACGCCCCAGGUCUACUCCGCCCUCCUCCACAGCGGUGGCCAGGGCGGCCAGUAUGCGGCCUGCUUUGCAGAGCUGCGCAGGAACUUCGUGAACACUCGCCCAGCCAAGCUGAAGAGCCUGAUUCUACUGGUGAAGCACUGGUACCACCAGGUGGCAGCUCAGAACAGAGGUCCAGCCAGUGCUGCUCUGCCGCCAGCCUACGCCCUGGAGCUACUGACCCUGUUCGCCUGGGAGCAAAACGGCAGGAAGGACAGCUUCAACAUGGCCCGAGGCCUCCGGACGGUCCUGGGCCUCAUCCAGCAGCACCGGAAGCUCUGUGUCUACUGGACUGUCAACUAUGACCUUGAGGACCCUGAUCUCAGAGCUCAUCUGCUUGGCCAGCUCCAGAAACCCAGGCCCCUGGUCCUGGACCCGGCUGACCCCACCUGGAACGUGGGUCAGGGCAACUGGGAGCCAUUGGCCCAGGAAGCAGCAGCCCUGGAGACCCAGGCCUGCUUUCUGAGUGGAGACCGGACGCCUGUGGUGCCCUGGGACGUGAUGCCCGCGCUCCUUCGUCAGACCCCCGCCGGGGACCUGGACAAGUUCAUCAGUGAAUUCCUGCAGCCCACCAGCCAGUUCCUGAGCCAGGUGAACCGGGCCGUCAACACCAUCUGCUCCUUCCUGAAGGAGAACUGCUUCCGGAACUCUCCUACCAAAGUGCUGAAGGUGGUCAAGGGUGGCUCUUCGGCCAAAGGCACGGCUCUGCAAGGCCGCUCAGACGCUGACCUGGUGGUCUUUCUCAGCUGCUUCAGGCAGUUCGCCGAGCAGGGCAACACGCGAGCAGAAAUCAUCUCAGAGAUCCGAGCCCAGCUGGAGGCAUGCCAGCGCGAGAAGCAGUUUGAGGUCAAGUUCGAGAUCUCCAAGUGGGAGAACCCCCGGGUGCUGAGCUUCUCGCUAGUGUCCCAGCUGACACCGGACCAGAGCGUGGACUUUGACGUGCUGCCAGCCUUUGACGCCCUAGGCCCGCUGGGCGCCGGCGGCCGGCCCAGCCCGAGGGUCUACAUGGACCUCAUCCAAAGCUACAGCAACGCAGGCGAAUACUCCACCUGCUUCACGGAGCUGCAGCGGGACUUCAUCAUCUCCCGCCCCACCAAGCUGAAGAGCCUGAUCCGGCUGGUGAAGCACUGGUACCAGCAGUGCAGCAAGUUACCCAAAGGCAAAGGCUCCCUGCCCCCGCAGCACGGGCUGGAGCUCCUGACAGUGUACGCCUGGGAGCAGGGCAGCGGGGAAGCCCAGUUCAACAUGGCCGAGGGCUUCCGGACGGUCCUGGAGCUGGUCAGCCAGUACCGCCAGCUCUGUAUCUACUGGACCGUCAACUAUGAUUCGGAGGACCAGACGGUUGGGGACUUCUUGAAGCAGCAGCUGAAGAAGCCCAGGCCCAUCAUCCUGGAUCCCGCGGACCCGACUGGCAACCUGGGCCACAAUGCCCGCUGGGACCUGCUGGCUAAGGAAGCUGCCACCUACUCGCCAGACAGUGCACCAGCCUAUAUAGAGCAUGCUAUCAUCAGUGUGCUGUGCAUGCUGUAG